UCCUUCAUGACACGAUAUGCGUGUUGUAUGUGAUGAUGGUAAUGACAUUUCGCUCCGGAUGCGAUGAUGAUGAUGAUGAUACCAACAUUUCUACUCCAUGGAACGACACUCUUAACUAGUUGAAUAGAACUUCUAAUCUUUAUGAACGAUCAUUUGCCAAACUCUUGCAUUUUCCAUCUCGGGAAUAUUUUGUACUGGAUUUGUCAUAUAUUUCUUUGAUCUGAUUUGGAUAACCAAAACAACAUGGCUAUUAUGGAAAAAUGUUUUUGUUGUGGAUUGAGGAGUGGAUCCAUUUUGAGUGCAAUUUAUUGCAUGAUUUUCUCUGCAAUUUCAGUUGCGCUUUCUGCAUACUACGUCUACAGGCAUGGAACACUGGAUGCUGGUGAGACGAGUGUCUUUGUCAUCAACGCGCUUGAACUCAUUUUCUACAUCACUAUCCUCAUGGUCUCAAUUCUCCUUCUCUUUGCUAUAUUUCGGGACGGAUUCAAAUUCUUCAUCCCAUUCAUCAUAGUGAUGGCCAUCUUUGUUCUCAUACAAAUCAUCAGUCUUAUCAUCAUUCUUUAUAACAUGAUAGUGAAUGGUUUCGACGGCAUGGACUUCUUUUCCAUCUUGUUCAACAUCUUGUGUUUGAUCAUCAAUAUCUUUUGCGUUGUUUGUGUGACGUCAUACUAUCAGGUGACACGUGACAGCUACGAUACAGGAGCCCCCGCAGCCAAUUAUGCAUAAGUUAAACUGCAGGGGCCCGUUUCAUGAACUUGUGAUAGUAACAAAUUUGCGAUAACAGUUAAAAGCUUCUGAAAUCAUUCAACCUGGUUGGCUUACAGUAAAUCUGUUAUAUAAAUUUUGCAUUUGUUUAUGAAACGGGACACCGAUUAUAGGUCAUUAUGAAACAUAGACUUAGUCCUCGUUCGGGAAUGUUUAUUCGUAAUUUUGAAACAUUUUCUAUCAAUCGACGAAGCUCCGAGAAGUAUCGAUUUGACGUUUUGGAGGGACUUCACUGAUUAUACACUUCAAAGCUUCAAAUUGAUACCAUCAAAUAUGAAAAUUAUAUAGCAUUAUCUUAUUAUAGAGAAAUAUGUCUCUACUCUAUACGAGGUUAAUUGUUCAGCUUUAUUGUCUAAACCACGGUUUAGCUCGAAGAUUUAAAGUGUCUAAUUAUAGAAAAAUAUAAUUACACAAUCUGUAACAGCAUUCAUUUGCAUAUUAGAAUGACAAUUACAGGCAUUUUUCUUUGUACAAAACAUGAAACUGUCGGAAAAAUAUCAAAUUUUUGAAUGCCUUUAGCACACAUUAACUAAUAUGUGGUUAAGUGGUAACAACACAAGUUUCAAUCAAUGUUUGGAUUAAGAAGAAAAGGUUGCAAUAUGGAUUUAAAUGGUGGAGAGCCUACUUAACCCGAUGAAGUUUCCAGAAAAAAUUGCUCGUUUAGAUGAUAAGACAUUGUUAAUUUGAGCUAGUUCUAUAUCUAUAUUAUUUUUUUUUUAUAAGGAAAUUCCCAAGAAUCAUUCAGGACUCCUAGUUCGAGUUUGACAUUGAGGAUUUGGGAUAUAGUGGGAAAAGGAGAAGAAUGAUCUGAUAAAAAAUGUGUAAUUUGUGUGGAGAAUUUCUCAAUGUAAUUAAGUAAAUCUUAUAUUGUCUGCUCUCUCAACAGGAAUUAUAAUAUAGGAUAGGUCAUUGUGCGUCUGUCGUCAUGAGAUCAGGGCGAAUUUAUGUAAUAUUGAUUAAUUUUUUUUCAACUUAUUGAAUACCGUGCCUAUAUGCAUGUUUGAUUUCCUCUUACUUUAAUCAUGAUUUUUUUUAAACCAAGACUCGACAUUGGCCUAAAUGUUAUUAACCAGCAUGUUGACUAAAUGUAGGUAUCAUUUGGUUUUAAUAACAUUUAUUUCAUUUAGAAUGUUACCAGUAAUACUGCCCUUAUACGAGUUACCUGAUUGUUAAAAUGCAUUUCUUUUAUUUAUUUUCACCGUAUACAUUGGUUUCUUUUAGAUGUAUUUAUUCAUGUUUAUAUAUAUAUUGUACGAUAUCUAUCAUUUUCUUGAGGGAAAUGAUAUUGUGAAUAAUAGAAAUAAAAAAUUUAUGUGGGCGAAUUUCUAUCCACUUCAGUAAAUCCGCAAGUCAUAAGUGCCUAUGUAAUAUUAAGUGUGACCAAAUUUUGAUUUGACUUUUGUAUUACUUUUAUAGUAUCU